AUGGAGGCCACCGCACCGCAGCCGCAGACGGCGCAGCCCGGCUGUGGGCCGAGCGCGCCGGGCGCCUCGCCGGCCGGGUCGCCGCCGCCGCCCGGGGGCACCGCCGCCACCAGCGUCGGCGUCGGCCUCGGCGUCGGCGUCGGCGUCGGCAGCUACGCGCACAGCGUCGACCUCAUCAUCGGCGACUUCAUGGAGCGCCUCGGGUCGCGGCUCAGCAUCCUCGAGACCGAGCUCAAGUACGCGUGGAGGGCGCUCGACCUGCUGUCGCAGGAGUACCUCAAGAUGUGGGAACGCCUCGAGAAGCUGGAACUGCUGCUGUACGAGCAGCAGGCCGUGAUCGCACAGCUGCUCGACUUCUACACGGCGGUGGGCACCGGCGAGGCGGGCGACGAGCGCGUGCCCGUCGUCACGGCCGAGGACCUGGAGGCGGAGCGGCUCUCGCGGGAGAUCACGUCGCUGCUGCAGCAGACCGCGUCGGCGUCGGCGUCGGCCGGCCCGUCGGCGGCGGCGGUGGCGGCUGCGGGGGCGGCGGAGCGGCGCGCGGCGGCCGUGGCGGCGGCGGCGGCGGCCGCUGCUGCUGCUGCGGCGGCGGCGGCGGCGUCGGGUGGCGACGACGUGCUGCACGUCCCCGACGAGGCCUUCUACCGCAGCCUCAACAACGCCUACCGUGACGACCUGGUGACGCCGGCGGACGUGGCCGCCGUGGCGCCCAUCGCGACGUCGCAGCUCGGCAUGAUCUGGGAGGAAGCGGAGGACGUGGAGGAGAACGGCGCUUCCGUCACUGUCACCACCAAGGAAGAGCAGCCGAGCGCCGGUAGCAGCGUGGGCGACGCCGAGGAAGAGGUGGAGGUGUACAGCGCGCUCGACUACAAGGACUACCGCGGGGACUCCCCUUGCGUGAGUGAGCAGGACCUGGCGCGGCUGAGCGCCAUCGACCAGGUCGCGCUGGAGAAGCUGCAGGAGCUGGACCGGCUGACGUCGAAGCUGCAGAGAGACUCGCGGGACCUGCGCGAGCUGCAGGACCGCCUGCUGCUGGACACGCCGGCCGGGUCGGCGCUCGCCGAGGAGAAGGCCGCCGCCGCCGCCGCCGCCGCCGCCGGCGACACCAGCGUCAUCGACCAGCAGCUGCGCCAGAUCUACGUGGACGCCGACCUGGACGGCUGGAGCUGCCUGUCCGACCUGGGCAAGUCGCGCUCCAGCUCGCGCCUCUCCACCGACAGCGGCGCCACCGACCCGGAGGUGGCGGCCGCGCUGCGCUCGGCCGGCGGCGGCGCCGCCUCCGCCUCCGCCUCCGCGUCCGCGCCCUCGCCGCGGGCCUCCCCCCGGCCGCACCGCCGCCUCUACUCCGACGUGGCGCCGCCGCGGUACGACUACGACAAGCUGCCGUCGCCGGCGGGCAGCCUGCGCACGCGGCAGGACGGCUACGUGGGCGGGUCGACGCCGCCGCCGCCCCCUCCGCCGCCGGCGCCGUCGGGCCAGCGCGGACAGCUGGACCUGGACCUGUCGGCGACGCCCAGCCCGUCGCCUUCGAGCCCGCCACCGCCAGCGCCGCCAGACCACUUCCCUCUGCCCGGCAAAGACACCUUAUCUUCCGCCGCGUCCUCGAGACCGCCUCCACCCGGGAGCCCGGCGCCGUUCGCGGGUCCCAAAUCUGCGUCAAUUACUUCUCUCUCUUCCGAGCUGCAGCAGCAGCAGCAGCAGGGUAGGCUCAGUCCGAGGACGCCGCACUCCCCGAAGUCGCCGCGAAUGUCUCCAAAAAAUGUGCUCAAGUUGUCUUCGUCCUCUAACAUUUGUACCGCCAAAUCGGAUUCGGGGCUGUCGUCUAUGAGCGGUUGGUCGAGCGUCGAAAAGUCACCCGGGUCGCCCAAGAGCUCGUCCAACAAGACCCCGCCUUCCUCGUACGCGACGGCGGCGGAAGCGCUGAUGCUGGGGAAGACGGACGCAUUCCCUCAGCCGGGCGACGUCAGCCCCCGUCCGCACACCAGUUCCUACGGCGACUUCCUGUACCGCAGCGAGCAGCCGGCCAUAUACUCCGUAGCGGGCAGCAACCGCCAACAACAGGCCUACACUUCGGUCUACACUAGCGGUACGGCUAGUUACAAGCCUACCGUAGGGGGAUUCCCCGACCUCGUCGAACCGUGCAACAACAACGAACAAAACAAUCUAGUCGGCGGCUACCGCAGCUACCGAGACGACCUUCAACAGCAGCAAAAUAAUUACCGUUACAACGACCGAGGAAGCAGCAGUGACCGCAAAUAUCAGCAGCAGCACCAGCCGGUGUAUCGGUACUACCCCGACAACGAAACGCCGAGCUCUUACCGCUACAUGGCCGAGCCACGAGGGCAGCCACCCACCAGGAGUCUAUCGACGAGCGUAUACCCCACUACGUCCGCUCCCGUCGGUCAGCAGUAUCCUAGCAAAAAGUCCCUCCAGCGCGGCCAUUCGACGGGCUCUGUUCCCAGCCAGGGUGUUUCCAAUAUGGAGGGCUACAAGACGGCCAUGUACAGGACUAUGUUCCCCACCGGCAAUAUUACUGACGCUCUUUCUUAUUAUCCCACAAGCAAUCGCUAUGACAAUAAUGUAAUGAUGCAGCAGCAGCAGCAACAGCAAAUACAAGGCGGUAACUAUGCCCAGCAGUGGGCACCACUGGAUCAACAACAGAGUAUCAGUGUUGCAGGAAUGACUAUGAAACGUGACCACACGUCCAGUUCGAUUAGGUCUGUCGAGACGACGCACCAGCAACAGCAGGAUCACGCAUAUAUGAUGGCACAGUAUGACCCGAGACGGCAGCAGGACGCUAUGUCGGAUAGACGAGAAGAUUACGGUGGUCCACGCGAGUACACCUGGAGCCAGCGGUCAGAUUUAGAGCUAGAUCUACGCAAUAGGAACCUUCCCGAGCACCACCACCUCAUACAAGACGGUCAAGAGUACUUCGAUCCGAGCAGUGUGAUAGUCUCCCAGUCUGGUUACAUCUCCAUAGCAGCCGAUAUCAAAGAUCCAACCUACGCAGUGGAGGAGCGGUCGAGCAAGAGGGGAAAGCUGAAAUCUGCCAUGAGCUCAGUCAGCAGCUGGUUGCCAGACUUGCACCUGUCUAGCAAGCGACACCGCUCCCAUUCACUGCCGGCUGGCGUGCGCCGCGAAGAUCUGGCGAUGGGAGGCAAGGCGACCAGUCGCACAAACGCCGCCUCCAAACAACAGUUCGUCAGCACGCUGCCCCGCAAAAAGAAGAAGAACCCUCUGGUUUCUACGGUCUCGGGCAUCUUGCAGAAGGCCAAACGUAAGGGCGGCAGUGGCGUCCACUCACUGUCAGAUCCGGAACAGUCGGAAACGGAGUGGAGCGGACGAACCAGCGUCGUAUCCGACAGCGAGGAUAGCGUCUUCUCCGAUGCUGCGACGCCAGAACACGGUCCUGUAUUCGUCAAAGUGCAACGACAACAGCAACAACAACAACAACAACAACAACAACAACAGCAGCAGCAGCAGCAACAACAACAACAACAGCAGCAGCAGCAGCAGCAACAUCAGCAGUACCUGCAGGAGCAGGCGAUACUAAUUCAACAACAGCAACAGCAACUUAUGGACCAGGAACAGCUGUCCCUCCAGCAACAGCAGCAGGUACUGCAGAAGCAACAGCAGCAGAUCGAGAAGCAACAGCCGGAACCCAAGGCGGAGAUACCGAAAAGCAGCAGCAAGCCGAUCGACCUGACCGAGUCGGCGUCGCUGUUCGCGACGGUGGGCGACGUGAAACGCAGUUCGGCCCCGACGCAGCCGGCGACCACUCCGGAGGACGGCGCGCCGCCGCCCGCCGACAAGAUCCACCUGCCGCCAGGGGCCAUCGGAGGGGCGUCGCGCGAGUUUGCCGUCUCGCGGGCGCUCGGCAAGUACCGCCAGAGGCAGUCCUCCACCGUGUCUGAGGACCAGACGGGGGCCGAGGACGCUGUCGGCACGGGUGCCAACAAGAUGGCCGACGACAGCCAGUCGCAGAUAUUCUCGGAAGAGGAGGACGAGGAGUUGGAGGAGCAGCAGCAGCAGCAGCAGCAGCAGCAGGAGACGGAAGUGGAGCGGAAAGUGAAAGCGAUGCAGGAGGGAAACGAGCCAGCCCCGCAGCCGGCCCCCCGGACGGAGCCAGAGUGGCAACAGCAGCCGCAGCCGCAGCCGCCGCCGCAGCCGCAGGCAGCACCCCACCAGCAGCUGCCGGCGUUGCCCUCUGCUGAGGGAAGCCCCUCGCAGUCCGGCGUGCGGGGCGCGACGCCAGGGGGCCCCCCUCCGCAGCCGCGGCAGAGCCUCGAGGUGCCCUGGGGCCGCGACCUGCCGCAGGCGCAGGACGACGACGUGCGCAGCACGCACUCGUGGCGCAGCGCGUCGCGCGUGUCGUCGCGCCGCCAGAGCACCGAGGACAGCAUAGACAGCGAGGACGAGUGGUACUGCUACGAGCUGCGCAAGCUCGAGGAGCUGGAGCGCCGCGUAGAGACCGGCGUCGCCGGCCGGCGCGACAGCUUCGACCAGCAGGUGCUUCUCGAGCCGGAGCCACCAUCGUUCGAGCCGGGCGAGGACAUCAAGGAGCAGAUGUCCUUCGUCCUGCAGGAGCUGCGGCUCAAGACGCGCCUCGUGGAGGCAGACGAGCAACCUCGCAGGGUCAGAGCCUCCGACCUAUGGGGACCCGAAGAAGAGGACCAACUGGAGGUGCCGCCCACAGGGGCAGCUACAGUCCCGGCCGAUGAGAGGCGCCGAUCCUCCGACGAAGAGUCUUCGUCGGGGGAGACGAGUGGCCCCGAUAGCCCCGACGAGGACGACAUGCUGUACGACGAAAUGAGGGAGGCGGAGCGUGGCCCUGUCUCUGUACAGGAGUACGAGGGGCCGACGGCGGCCGACCGAGACCGCGAGCAGCUGGUGGGCGAUUCUGCCGCCACCCCAGCGGCGGUGGCGCCGCCUCCAGCAGCGGCUGACGGCGCGGAGGAGGUGGCCGCGGUGGCGGCAGCGGGGGCGGCGGCAGCGGUGGCGGGAGGUCCCGGCAGCAAGUGGAAGCUGCUGAAGGCGCUCAAGGAGCGCAAGGCGGAGGAGAAGAUACACGAAGCGGCCGCCGCGGCGACCCCGGGCGCCAGCACGUGCGCCAACACGGCCGCUUCUAAUGGAGCGGGAGUUGGCAGUGAAAGUGGCGGUCGAGGAAAUGGGAUCAAUAAGCUAGAGACCAAGAAUUUAACUAAGACUAACAUCAAUCAUCUUGACAGUUCUUUCGUGACGACAGAGAAGAAGGGCUGA